CACAUUUGGUAUCAGAGCUCUUGCAAACUGUAACCAAAGAAAGUGCUUUCAAGCCAAAGUAAGAGAGUGAGUUCAAGGCUGUCAAGCUGCUGAGUGACUGAGAUACUGCUGUUGAGGUGCAGUGUGGGUUUGGGAAACACGAGAGAGUUGGAGAGGUGUUCUUCAAUCUGGGUGAGUGAUUCGUUCAAACUUUUAGAGAGGUUUCUGCAAUCAGAAGCAGAAACAUGAGUGAUGCCAGCUUUGCCCAAGUGGGUCUUCCCAAGUUCGAUGGCGACUAUGAGCAUUGGAGCAUGUUGAUGGAGAACCUCCUCCGCUCUAAAGAGUAUUGGAACGUGGUACAUGAAGGGUUCCAGGAGCCUGCUGUGGGUGCUACAUUGUCUGCUGCAGAAUCCAAGACUCUGGAUGACAUGAGGUUGAAGGAUCUGAAAGCUAAGAAUUAUUUAUUUAAUUCUAUUGAUAAAUCUAUUCUGAAGACUAUUACCAAGAAAGCUACUGCCAAAGAACUCUGGGACUCCAUGAAACUCAAAUGUCAGGGUAGUGCUAGGGUCCAAAAGGCUCAAUUACAAGCUCUCAGGAGGACAUUUGAAGUGCUGGAAAUGAGGGAUGGAGAGACUGUGUCUGCUUAUUUCAAUCGUGUCAUGACAGUUGCUAAUGAUAUGAGGAACUGUGGAGAGGAGAUGUCUGAUGGAAAGAUAGUUGAAAAGAUCUUGAGGACUCUAACAGAAAGGUUCAACUAUGUGGUAUGUUCUAUUGAAGAGUCAAAUGACAUUGAUCAGUUGACUGUUGAUGGAUUGCAGAGUUCACUAGUAGUGCAUGAACAGAAGUUUGGUAAAAGAGGGGCUUCUGAUGAGGAGCAGGCCCUUAGGACCACUCAUGAGUAUGGUGGUAGGGGAGGACGAGGUCAGGGAAGAGGAUUCUUUUCAAGCACAGGUAGAGGAAGGAGUGGCAGGGGCUGGAACAAGGACUCAGUUGAGUGCUUUAAGUGCCAUAAGUUAGGGCACUACAGAAAUGAGUGCCCUGAGUGGUACAGGGAUCAUCAGGCACACUAUACCAGUUAUGUGCAGGACAAGUCUUUUGGUGAUCUUAAAGAUGAUAUGCUGCUAAUGGCGUCAGUGGAGGAAAUCUGUGAAGAAGUUAAUACUGACUGGUGGUUUCUUGAUUCAGGAUGCAGCAACCAUAUGACUGGCAACAAGAAAUGGUUUACUGAUCUUAAUACCAGUGCAGCAUGUACUGUAAGGCUAGGUAACAACACCAGACUUGAAGUUGCAGGAAAGGGAACAGUGAAACUUACUGUUAAUCAGCUUCCCAUUACCAUUCAAGAUGUGUUUUAUGUUCCAGCUUUAAAGUCAAAUCUUCUAAGUAUGGGGCAAUGGCAGGAGAAGGGGCUGGCUUUCCUGAUUAAGCAUGGUAGUUGUAAGAAUUUUCAUGAGGAGAAGGGGUUGCUGUUUGAAACUGAAAUGAAAUCAAACAAGAUGUUUGUACUGCAUGCCACUGCCAAUCCAGUAUCUGAUCAAUCAAGCAUUCAAUGCUUACAGACUUCUGGUUCAAGAGACUCUCCUGUGUCACUGUGGCAUAGGAGGUUUGGUCAUCUCAACAACCAGAGUUUUCAUAUGUUAAGCAAGAAAGGGCUAGUGGCAGGUCUUCCUCAGUUGAAUGGAGAGACUGGAGUAUGCUCUGUGUGUUUGGUGGGCAAGCAAACCAGGCAACCUUUUCCUAAGAAGAGUCCUUGGAGGGCUUCACAAAGGCUGCAACUCCUUCAUGCAGACCUUUGUGGUCCUCUUACAUCAGUGUCAAAUGGAGGUAAAAGAUACAUAUUCACUUUGACUGAUGAUUAUAGCAGAAAGCUUUGGGUUUAUUUCUUGACAGCCAAGUCAGAGACAUUGGGUCUGUUUAAAAAGUUUAAGGUUCAACUGGAAAAGGAAACAGGUUUACCUAUAGUUUGUCUUCGAACAGACAGGGGAGGGGAAUUCAUGCUGAAUGAAUUCCAAGGACUGUGUGAUGAAACUGGUAUUCAAAGGCAGUUGACUGCUGCUCUCACUCCCCAACAGAAUGGGGUAGCUGAGAGGAAGAAUAGGACAAUUAUGAACAUGGUAAGGUGCAUGUUAAGAGAUACAAAAGUUCCUUCACCUUUCUGGCCUAAAGCAGUUACAUGGGCAACUCACAUUCACAACAGAAGUCCAACUGUGGCCAAUCAAGGCAAAACUCCCCAAGAACUGUGGACUGGAAAACCACCCUCUGUGUCACACUUCAGAAUCUUUGGUUGUGUGGCUCAUGUUCAUGUCCCUGACCAGCAAAGAAGAAAACUGGAGGAUAAAAGUAGUCAAUGCUACUUUCUGGGAGUUUCCACUGAAUCUAAAGCCUACAGGCUGUACAAUCCUGCCACCAAGAAGGUUGUCACAAGUAGGGAUGUUGUUUUUGAUGAAAGCAAAGGCUGGAACUGGGAUUCAGAGGCUGCAUCUGAUCAAACUCAACUGGUGUGGGAAGGAAGUGAUGAUCUGUGGGAAGAUUCAGACUCAGAAUUUGAACCUGCUCUCACAGAAGCUUCAGCUGAUGAACAACCACCUAGUCCAAAAACUCCCCUAGCUACUUCUACAGGGACUGAGUCUGAUGAAGAUACUAAUGACAUCAAUACUGAUGUGUUAGGCCUGCCAAGUAGGGACCUGGGCCCUCGAGUGAGGAAACCACCAAGUCACUUGUCUGUGUAUGACUGUGGUUUUGCAUCCACAGACUGGCAAGCCAUGAUGGCAGUAUCCAAUGACCCUCAAACAUAUGAAGAAGCAGCUUUGGAAUCAAGGUGGAAUGAGGCAAUGACUCAGGAGUUUACUGCUAUUGAAAGAAACAAGACAUGGACACUAACUGAUAGACCUCCACACAUCACUCCUAUUGGUGUCAAGUGGGUCUAUAAGACUAAGUUGAAAGAAGAUGACUCUGUGGAGAAAAGCAAGGCUAGAUUGGUUGCUAAAGGGUAUUCUCAGCAACCUGGUAUUGACUAUACUGAGGUCUUUGCCCCAGUAGCCAGGUGGGAUACCAUUCGAACAAUCUUAGCUUUUGCUGCUCAGAAUGCUCUUCCUAUAUACCAGCUUGAUGUGAAGAGUGCAUUCCUCAAUGGUGAGCUCUCUGAGGAAGUCUAUGUUGAGCAACCACCUGGUUUUGUGGUUGCUGGGGAGGAGAGCAAGGUUUAUAGACUUCACAAAGCCCUGUAUGGUCUGAAACAAGCCCCCAGGGCUUGGUACAGUAGAAUUGAGUCUUAUUUCCUCAAGUCAGGUUUUGAAAGGUGCAGCUAUGAGCACACAUUGUUCAUAAAGAAGUCUGAUGCAGGUGUUCUCAUUGUCAGUCUCUAUGUUGAUGACUUGUUAUACACAAGUACAGAUCCUAAGUGCAUAGCUGAGUUUAAAAGGUCAAUGGAGGCUGAGUUUGAAAUGUCUGACUUGGGAAAGAUGAAAUAUUUCUUGGGAGUGGAAGUGCAUCAGAGUGUUGCUGGGAUGUUUAUCUGUCAAAAGAAGUACAUAAGGGAUAUGCUUGAGAAGUUUCAGUUGGCCAGCUGCAAUUUUGUGAAAAAUCCUGUCUCUCCUGGAAUGAAAUUCACCAAAGCUGGAGAUGGAAUCUCAGUGAACUCUACUGAGUACAAACAGCUUAUAGGGAGCCUGUUAUAUGUAACAGUCACCAGACCAGACAUCAUGUAUAUUGUUUGUACUCUUAGCAGGUUCAUGGAGUCACCAAUGCGACAACACAUGCUUGCUGCGAAAAGGGUAUUGCGAUACCUUAAGGGAACUAUGGCUUAUGGUAUUUGGUACAAGGGAAUGAAGGAAGAAGAGCCACUGUUGGGAUAUACUGACAGUGACUAUGCAGGGGAUUUGGAUGACAGAAAGAGCACAAGUGGCUACACCUUCUUCCUGGCUAAUGGAGUGAUUUCGUGGGCCUCGAAGAAACAGCCUAUUGUUACACUAUCCACAACAGAAGCAGAAUUUGUGGCAGCUUCAUUCUGUUCUACUCAAUGUGUGUGGCUUAGAAGGAUUCUGGAGAUGAUUGGUUGGAGUGGCUGUGUGAGAGGGAGCACCAAGAUUCUAUGUGACAACAGCUCGACAAUAAAGCUAUCCAAGAAUCCUGUGCUUCAUGGACGAAGUAAGCACAUUGACGUGCGUUUUCACUUCCUAAGGGAUCUGGCUAAGGAAGGAGUGAUUGAGCUGGAGCACUGUGGAACGCAUGAACAGGUUGCAGAUAUUAUGACCAAGCCACUGAAAUUGGAAACUUUCGAGGCAUUGAGAAGCAAGCUUGGAAUGUGUGAUGAAGAGGUGUUUGCUGGAGCAAUGGAGUGAUGAACUGAAGGUCAGGGAGAGUCUUCAGUUCAUGGGAGGAUGUUAGAAGAUGAACUGAAGAUGAGCUGAAGACUGGAGCUUUUGGCGCGAGUUGAAGUUUGAAUAAAUUCAAGUGUUGCUGUGUCGUUUUGGUUGUGUCACUACUCUGUCGUUUUAGUCUGUGUGUCAUCGAGUCUGUUUGGGAGGAGUUUCCUUUCGUGUCUUAGACUGCAAGUCAGCUAGUGUGUUAGUGGGUAGUUUGUUAGCUACUUUUCAGGAUAGUGGGAGCCUGUUUUAGUGGCUCUAAUCUCUGUACUUAGUCCCGUUUCUUAUUCUAAAUCAAACUGUCAGAUUGCA